UCAUCUCCUUUAGAUGUGGAGUGUAGCGUGUUUUCAUCAUGGCUUCACAGCACUACAGCUAUCGAGCUCCGCCGGGAGAUCAGAUGGCCUUUGAGCAGAACGUCUCAUCUCCAGCACAACAGCUCUGAGAUGGACGUGCAUGCGUGCAGCUGCAGGCAGAAAUGCAUUGGGCUCUCUCAGGCGAACGGCAGCCUGCAGUGGGAGGUUAACUGAGCGUGUGUGUGUGUGUUAAUUCAAUCCCACAAAGCCUCUUCCUGGCAGGAACACAACGGCAAGCUCUCGGCUGUAGGGCCUGAAAAUGUUUCACAAGAAGAAGAAGAAGAGGCCGGAGAUUUCUGCUCCGAAGAACUUUGAGCAUCGUGUUCACACCUCUUUCGAUAUCAAGCGAGGGGUCUUCGUCGGCCUUCCAACACAAUGGCAGAGUUUAAUAGAGAACCUCCGCAGACCCAAACCCAUGGUGGACCCGUCCCGAAUAACACCAGUGGAGCUCAAACCAAAGAAGACCAUCGUGCGAGGCAGUAUGAUUGGCCACGGGGACUACAUCUCAGCCAUGCUGUCGGACAUGAGCCGCCUGUCCGUGACCAGCUCCAAUUCCCUGCGCAAGAGCAGCCCGUCGGCACGCAAGAGAGCGCAGUCGCUCGGUCGUCUGGGGGAGGUCAAUGAGGGCGAGGUGUAUCAGUAUGAGGGUCUGGAGCCCUCUCACGAUGAGCCCGAGUCCCGCUGGCCCGACAGGUCACGAAACAUCCACAGCGAGAGCGGAACGCCGUUCAUGGGUCUGAAGAAAAGCAUCACGCUGCAGCCCAACGGCGUCCUGCCCCGCGCAAAGUCCACUUAUGAGGUCAGCAACAGGUCUUUGGAGGGACCCCCGCCUCCUCCUCCGGCUCUUCCGGCCCCCCCGCCGCCCCCCAUACACUUCCCGGAGCCUCCCCGGUCCACGUAUCUGGGAGGAGAUGUGGGAAGUCCUACGGAGAGACUCAUGAUGAGGAGAGAGUUCCCCAUUGUGUUCUCACACAACCACAGACCCAUUUCAUGUUUCUAUAGCCCUACGAUGCCCAUGCAUCAACCGCACGGAGAACCCGAUGUGAGGACUUCAAACCGACUACUGGUGCAUCCUCAAAACAGCCCUGGAAGACCGUUCUCCUCAUACGACCUGAAGGCCGAGGCAGUCAUGAGACAUAUGCACAGUGGCACCAACAGUCCUCUCGUGAGACCUCACCAAAGCAUCCGCUCCUCCUCAAGCUACACCAUCGGCCUCUCACCUAACAUCAGUUACCGGCCCGCCGGCCCCGACCCCUUCAUGAGACAUUCCGGCUGUCCCAACCCAGGACUCUACCCCAGACAGGACAGCCCGUCCCAACCCCGCCCCUCACCCACCGGCUCCCUGGCCAACAGCCCCCCGGGGACCUGUUCCCCCGCGUUCAGAGCCCCUCUGCACCCGUCGCCGCGCCCCCCUCCCGACCCCCCUAAAGUCACCCACCAGCAGUUCAAAGCAGCGCUGCAGAUGGUGGUGGAUAAAGGAGACCCACGCUCAUACCUGGAGAACUUCGUGAAGAUCGGAGAGGGCUCGACAGGUGUGGUGUGCAUCGCUCGCGAGAAACACAGCGGACGGGUGGUGGCAGUCAAAAUGAUGGACCUCAGAAGACAACAGAGACGAGAACUUCUCUUCAAUGAGGUCGUGAUCAUGAGGGAUUAUCAGCACAGGAAUGUGGUGGAGAUGUUCAAGAGCGCUCUUGUGGAGGAGGAACUCUGGGUCAUCAUGGAAUAUCUACAGGGAGGAGCUUUAACAAACAUCGUCUCUGAAACCAGACUGAGUGAAGAACAGAUCGCUACGGUGUGUGAGGCCGUCCUGCAGGCGCUGGCGUAUCUCCACUCACAGGGCGUCAUUCACAGAGACAUCAAGAGUGAUUCAAUACUGCUCUCACUCGACGGCAGGAUCAAGCUGUCAGACUUUGGGUUUUGUGCCCAGAUCAGUAAAGAUAUUCCUAAGAGGAAGUCAUUGGUGGGAACGCCAUACUGGAUGGCACCUGAGGUCAUCUCAAAAUCACCGUAUGGCACCGAGGUGGAUGUUUGGUCUCUGGGGAUCAUGGUGGUGGAGAUGGUUGAUGGAGAACCGCCGUAUUUCAGCGAAACACCCGUGGCUGCCAUGAAGAGGCUUCGAGACGAGCUGGCACCCACCGUACGCAACCUUCAUCAGGUGUCCCCUGUGCUGAAGGAUUUCCUGGACCGGAUGUUGACUCGAGAUCCGAUGGAACGAGCGAGUGCCACAGAUCUUCUGGAGCAUCCUUUCCUCCUGCAGGCCAGCUCUCCUCAGUGUCUGGUGCCUCUAGUGGAACAGUACCGCAAGCGCAUGUCUCGCUGCUGAAGAUUCUCCCUCGCGCCGGCGCUGACCGUUUCACUCGAGACCCCGGGGGGCUUCUCACCGUGUUAGAUGCUCUGAAGAGCGGAAAAUAACCAGUGGUGGAGCACUUUUAUCCCGUGAAAAGCAUCUUUUUUCCCUAAGGGGUCAGAAUAUGGUCGAGACGUGAACUCCACACAGACUUGGGUUAUCGGUGCUUAAACGGUGGCGGAUUUUAAGAGGAAAUGUACACACAUUCUCGGCCCCUACAUGAGCACUCCACAUAUCCAAAAACGUGACUGUUUUGGAAAACGAAAACUGAAGGAAACUUUCAGAGUGAACUUGAAGGAAUCAUCAGCAUUUUUCCACAAAAAGCUGGCGGUCCCUCAGUACCGGCUCGCAUGUAUUGUCGCUCCAAGCUUGAAUUUUGUUGGCAAACGCUGAAAACAAAUGAUGUCAUGAUUCGUCAGUACUGACAGGUGCAGCUGUUUUUAAUGAGCCGUGUAACCAACUGUACAUAUUUUAAUGACCUAUUUAUUAUUUUUGCAAUGGAUUGACAUGAGCACCUGCUUUUGGAAAGGGUGCCGUGAGCGGACUUGUAAACCAUGUAAAUUUUGCAUCUGAGCUAAAGAGGGUUUUUCUUCAAACUCAGUCACAGUGAGCGUCAGAAGAACUAAUAAUGUACAUAAACUGUAAAUGUUUUGGUUUACAUUGUUCAUUAUGAAAGAUGAAAGUUUUAUUUAAUGUGUGUUUAGAUGCAACAUUCAUGGUGGUAUUUCUGUAUACAGUUGUGCUGUGAUGCUCCCAGAAUUGAGAGAGAGAGAGAGAGAGAGAGAGAGAGAGAGAAUUGUUCUGUCAGUGUGAUUUUUAAUUCUUGGUUGAUCUUCAUAUUUCAAACAGGUCAUACACUCCUAAAAAGAAAGGUGUUAGGAAGGGCUCUUUCCAGCGAUGCCAUAGAAGAGCCAUUUUUGGUACCCCAAAGAGUCACAGCUUCAAUUCUUUUACAUUCUGUAUAGUCUGCAGAGACGUUUUCCACCACAGAGAACCUUUAUUGAAACAGAAUGUUAAAGCUUGUUUGAGAUCAUACAGCUUGACAAAUAACUAUUUGAGAACCUUUAUUUUCAGGAGUGCAGCAGAACAUCUAUAACAGUGUUUUAUAAAUGAAAGAAGAGUUCAC